AACAGAUCAAGUCAACAAAACUAAAUGCAGUCCUCCCUCACUCCCUUGUCCACCGCCCACGGCGCAUGUUAGUACCAGUGUGAACUAGAUCUCUCUCUCUCACACACACGAAAGUCCCCAUCCAAUGAAUUAUGAACCCCACAAUACCACUCUUCCAAAAAACACAUCCCCUGAAAAGGGUUAAAGCCCACCCAACAGACCCUCCACCGUUUGCUCCUGACUUAUCUUCAUCACCACCAACAAACAUGGCACACCACACCACCAACAGGCGCAACUUAGCAGCUCCAGAGCCCAAGACAUCCAUGGAUCCCACACACAAAAGGCACCACCAUCCCAAAUCAACCCCCUUCACCACCACCACCACCACCACUACCUCCAUCACCAAGCCCCACCCAGAUCCCACUACUGCCUCUUCCAUUCACAACAUAUCCAAUCAUUUCUCAAAGUUGUAUAGAAAUCACAAAGUCCUCUCAUCAUUAAAGGAACCCACAAAGUUCACAAACCGACCUUCACAGCCUCCUCCUCCUCCUAUUGACACCCAUUUGCAGGCAAAGGCAAUGACUUUAUCUGCCAUUGAAGACUCUUCAAGCACAUCUUUCAUCAAAUCAAACCCCCAAUACAGAAAAAACAUGAUGGAAUUGAAAGAGAGCAUGAGGGUCAGACCAAAAGUGGCUAAUAAAGAAGGCAAGAAGUCCUCCAAAGAAUCUCAUGAAGGGCAUGAUGUGAAGAAGAUAGCAUUUGUGAGUGGGAAAACAGAUGAGGUCAAGAAAAUACCCAAGAAAGGGAGUGAAAAGAAGGAAUCUGAUGAAGGGCAUGAUCUGAAAAAAUCAGAUUCAGAUGUUUCUCUAGCAAUUAGUGGUGGCAAAAGGAGGUCUUUUUGUAGCUCACUGACUGAGCUGGCUGAUUUCUUCUCUUGCACUGGUGUGAAAGUGGUGUCUGUGGACAUGCCACCAUUUAUGCAGGUCCAUGCUGUGGAUUGUGCAAGAAAGACUCUUGAUAGUAUGGAGAAGUUCACUCACAAAACGCUUGCCCUAACCCUCAAAAAGGAAUUUGAUGGGGUAUAUGGACCAGCUUGGCAUUGUAUUGUGGGCACCAGUUUUGGGUCAUUUGUGACACAUUCAGUUGGUGGGUUCUUGUAUUUCUCAAUGGAUCACAAGAUCUACGUCCUCUUGUUUAAGACUACAGUACAAAGAGCAGAUUGAAGUAGAGAGAAUUGAGAGGUGGUGACUGUAAUUUUAUUAGUAUACAGUAAAUUCCAAGCUUCCCUUGCAGCUUGUACAUUUUUGCUUAGGAAAGCAUUAAACAUGUCAUAGUUUCCAUUGUUCUGAUCAAUUCUGUCAGUAGACCUUUAAGACUUGACACUGCAAUUCCUUGGAUUAUGGAAAUAUAGAAUCCAUUUUUUUACUUAAAA